GUGCCCCGGAAGCGGAAGUGUGGCUCCGGGCUGUCAGAGAGCGUUGCUCGGUGGUCCUGAAAUCUAGGGAAGCCGUUUUCGCUUCAUUUUUGCUGGCUCUCGAGCGCUUCCCCCCUGGCGGGUGGGAGUGCAGAGAGGAAAGCGCAAGAUGAGCACCAUGUUCGCGGACACGCUGCUCAUCGUUUUUAUCUCCGUGUGCACGGCUCUUCUCGCCGAGGGCAUCACCUGGGUCCUGGUGUACAGGACAGACAAGUACAAGAGACUGAAAGCGGAGGUGGAAAAACAGAGUAAAAAAUUGGAAAAGAAGAAGGAAACAAUAACAGAGUCAGCUGGUCGACAACAAAAGAAGAAAAUAGAGAGGCAAGAAGAGAAGCUGAAAAAUAACAACAGAGACCUAUCGAUGGUCCGAAUGAAAUCCAUGUUUGCAAUUGGCUUUUGUUUUACUGCCCUAAUGGGAAUGUUCAAUUCCAUAUUUGAUGGUAGAGUGGUGGCAAAGCUCCCUUUCACCCCCCUUUCCUACAUCCAAGGACUGUCUCAUCGAAACCUGCUUGGGGAUGACACCACGGACUGUUCCUUCAUCUUUCUGUAUAUUCUCUGUACCAUGUCAAUUCGACAGAACAUCCAGAAGAUUCUUGGCCUUGCCCCUUCACGAGCUGCCACCAAGCAGGCAGGUGGAUUUCUGGGUCCUCCGCCUCCUUCUGGGAAGUUCUCUUGAAAUCAAGAAGAGCCCUAUAAUUCCUGUCAUUCUUUUUAAACAUUCAAAUUAGACUGCAACUAUUUUGUAGCAAGAGCCAUCGACAGACUUAGCACUUGGGCCACUUUCUGAUUCUGAGUUAUUUCUAGACUUUUUGGAUAUGAUUCUAAAGAGAAUGGCACCCACCAAACAUGAUAGUACUUUCAGUCACAGAUAAAUUAAAAAAAAAAAAAGUUUGUUGAUUAGAUAAGUUCAGGUGAUGUCUACGUAAUAAGAAACAAAUAGCAUCUUUCUUUUUGGCUUACACCAAUGCUUUCCGUGGAACCGACUCUCAAGUCUGUGCUGUGUGCCAUAUACCAUGGAAGUUGGCUCCCCGGAGCAUUUAGCAAUCUGGAAGGAGAAGUUAGUUUGUAUUACUCUUCAUUGGAACUAUUUGUUGUGCAUUUUUUCCCAAACCAAAUAUAUGGCCUAAGAUCAAUAAAGAGGCCAAAAUGUUAGCUAUUUCAUCUACAAGGAGA